AUGGCGACGUCAGAGGAUGGAUCGUGGCUGUCAACACCGGGGUCGUAUCAGGAUUUCAUCAAAUCUUUGUGUUGGGCGGAUCCCACGCUGAGGAAACGCGAUAGGAAGGCUAUCAAGAGAGGAGUGCCGUGGCCAGGCUGCACGCCGCAGCUUGUCGUGCUCGAUGUUCAAGGCGAAACCAUUUCUCGGGAUCUGGAAACGAGUGAUCCGGAUAAGAUUCGGGAGCAUUUCGAGCUACGCAAGUCUGAAACAAACCCCGGCCGGCGGAUGAUAUACAUGCUGGAAGGGCUGAGCCCAGCCUUCAUUGGUGUCCUCGGAAGCCGUUUCAUGAUGCACCCUACGUUCUUCGCAAAUCACAACAGGGUGUCCCGAGCCGCGGUCAACCAUCGAGGCGAAGAGAACCUCCUCCCCUCGAUUGCGGCUGGAAAAGAUCACGUCUGUCUGAAAUAUUCGGAGCUGGUUGCUCUUCCAGUUGGCUUCGGCGAAUUUUCCGAGAUAUCGAUGCUCAGCCGCAAAUGCAGCUUCUGGAGUUGCUCAACUACUCCAGCGGGUGGUUGGGAUGACGACGCUUUAUAA